AAUUCCAUUCAACUUUUUGUCAAAAACAAACUCUUUUUCCAAUUGGUCAUGGCGGCCUAUGCAGCCUUGGUGUCUCUUAUGAAUCUCAUAGAUGAUAUCGAGAAUCAUCCAUGGCCUCCAAUUUGUAUCGACAAAAAUCAAGUUGAAUCUCUCACUCAAUUCUUUACCUUCUUGCAGGAAUUUCUUCAACACUAUGCAUCCCCUCUGGACGAUGAAGAUGAAGCAGAUCCACUAGAAAUGCGAAUAAUGGAAGCAGCUUAUGCAGCUGAAGAUAUUAUCGAAUCCUAUAUUGUUCACCUCGUUCAACUCUGUACACCCGCAGUAGAAAAUGAUCAAGCCACCUAUGAUUCUAGUGAAGAAGUGAGUUGUGUCAACUUGUAUCAAGAUCUACAUCAAACGAUUGAAGAAAUGGAUUUGAUCAAGAAAGCAGCGAUGGAGAUCAAUACGCGGAAUCCUAUCUCUGCAUCCUCUGUUUCUUCAACGUCAUCUUCUUCAAGUGGCAGUAGCAUCAUGGUGUGCUCGGAAGAUCUCUUAAAUGGGAUCAUGGAAAAGCUCGUUGGCGGCCGGCCCACUCGCCAUGGGAACUUCUUUCGCGGAAGGGGGAAGAAAGUGGAAUGAGUGAAGAUGAACUAGGAUUAGAGCUGUAUCAAUAUUUAUACGGUAGAAGGUUUCUAAUUGUGUUGGAUGAUAUGUGGAGUAGUGAUGCGUGGGAUAUGAUUCAACGUUUCUUUCCUGACAAUGAGAAUGGUAGUCGGAUAUUUGUGACCAAUUGAGUUCUCAACUCAACAAGGAUUAUAACCUUCAAAUGGAGUUUCUAGAUGAGUUUCAAGGCUGGGAGCUCUUCUCCAAGACUGUGUUUGGAGAGGAAAGUUGUCCACUCGAACUGGUGGAAAUUGGAAAGGAAAUUGUUGCAAAUUGCAGAGGACUUCCUUUGUCAAUUGUUCUUGUGGGAGGUCUUUUGAGAAAAAUGGAGCCGACUCAGGGAAGUUGGGGAUCAAUAAGGAAGAACUUAGCUUUGGUAGUGAAUUUGGAGAAUGAUAAACAUUGCUUGAGAUUGUUGAAAUUGAGCUAUAACCAUUUGCCUGUCUAUUUAAAGCCAUGUUUUUUAUACAUGGGAGUGUUUGAAGAAGACAAUGUAAUUCGUGUCUCUAAACUUAUCAGGUUAUGGGUUUCGGAAGGAUUUAUAAAACCAGUCACUGGCAAGAGCUUGGAAACAGUUGCAAAAGGAUUCUUGAAGGAUUUGGUUGAUAGAAAUCUCAUUCAAAUUGAUAAGUUGGGGUCUACGGGAAAUAUAAAGUGGUGCAGAAUCCAUGAUUUGAUGAGAGACUUGUGCUUAAGAGAAAGUUCGAAAUAUGGGUUUUAUGACGUGAUAGGACAAGAAGGUGUAAAUAGGCAACGCCGUGUUGUUAUACUCAGGAACAGUUCAAAGCAGAUGGCCAUUGAUUCACUGCAAUCUAUGUCAUAUAAUGCUCGUUCGAUUAUCUGUGAACAAGGUGAAGUCUUGUGGUGCCGGAAUUUUAGAUUGCUGAAGAGAUUAAAUGUGUUAACUCGAAGCAGCGUGGAUGCCCUUGUGUUUGAAUGUGUUAACUUGCGGCACCUUGAUAUUCAUGCAGUUCGUAGCUUCCCCUCUUUACACUCUUCCGUUAAUCGCUUCUGGAAUCUGCAUACGUUCAUUGUUUAUUGUUGGGAUGAGUGGAAUGCGCCUGUUGCAAUUUGGAAAAUGCCUCAGUUAAGGCAUGUUAAGUUGCUCUAUGGAGAUGGUUUCUGGCUCGCGGAUCCUCCAAGCGACGAGCAAGUUCAUGUCAUGGAAAAUCUGCACACGCUCAAGGGAGUAAAGAAUUUCAAGUGUGAUGAAGAGGUGGUUAAGAGAAUCCCGAACAUGAGGAAACUUCGAAUAAAGUAUUAUGGCAGAGAACAAAUCGAUUAUGGUCUUAGCAAUAUGGAAUGUCUGUGUAUACUGGAAUCCCUUAACAUCUACUGUGAUUAUGAAUUUCGAGGGGUUGCUUCUCUCUGUAAGCUUACCUUACCACAGUCCCUCAAGAGUUUUGAGUCUUUGGAUGGAAAGUGAGUUCGAAUGGGAGUACUUGUUGGAAAACAUCGGUUCCUUACCCCGUCUUGAGAAGCUCAAAUUGUACCAAGGAUGCUUCAGAGAAGGCAAGUGGGAAAUAGCUGAAGGCCAGUUCUUGUCACUCAAGUACUUAGAACUGAGUUGUGGUGCUUUGGAGCAUUGGACGACGCAAGAGAGCUCCAUUUUUCCGCGGCUUGAGCAACUUCUUCUUAAUAGCUCGGAAAAGUUGGAGGAGAUCCCUUUUCAAAUUGGAAACAUACCCACACUGCAAAAAAUUAAGUUAUACUACUGCAACCAAUCUGUGGUGCUGUCAGCAAAAAACAUAGUUGAUGAACAAGUUGAGUUCCAAGGUGAACAACUUUCCUUUCGUGUGGAGGUUUUGGUCACGAGGGCCGACGAAGAACUGCAGAGCUUGGCAGGUCCGAACUUUAAAGUUUAUAGUCAAAAAGAUCUCGAUUUGGAAUCGGGAUAUAAAUAGAAAUUCAAGUUUUUGUAUGUGAAGAACAUUCUUUUUUGUAGAUAUAAAGUUUAGAGUUUAAAAUGCAGAUAUACUAUUUUUGUAGUGAAUAAAAAGAUCGGAAUUCAAUCGA